UGUGAGAGGGAGUAGAAAGGGGGAGUCCAUGGUAAGGGAGAGGGCUGUUCCAGCUUUGUACCUGCCCUCCAGGUGUGCUCACAAUCCUGUGGAAUGUCAGAGACAGCAGAGCAAGGUCUGAGUCACGCACAGCCCUCCAUAAAACUCCUUUUUUUCUUCCUCUCUCUUUUACAUUUUUCACAGACAGGGAAGAAAAGACCUGUCCCUCCUGCAACACAACCCACUCCAAACGCGCUCUCUGGACCUUGUUUUUAACAGGAUACCAUCAACCGUGAAGAAUCCCAAAAGGACGAACCGAGAUUUUGGCAUAUAUUUCUCCAAGUGCGCUCCUCUGGCUCUGCGCAGGAUCAGUGACUUUGGAAUUAUACUAAACAAUUUGGUCUUUGGGUCUGAAUCAAAAGGAGUCGUCUAUCUGGUGGGGAGAUGCCCGCCCCUCACCUUCUGGGGGCUCUGCUGCUGCUUCUGAGUAUAUCGUUUGGCAACUGCAACAAAGUAAACCGAUGUGUGGCUUCCAGAGCAAAGACCUGUUCAGAAUGUAUUCGUGUGGAUAAGGACUGUUCCUAUUGUACAGAUGAGCAUUUCCACAAUGUUCGCUGUGACCUGCAGAGUAAUCUCCUUGAGUAUGGAUGCAGUAGAGCGGGAAUCGUUUACAUGGAGAGUGAAGUUCGGACUCUUAUGAAAGAACAGAUUAAUACACAAUUACUCAGAACACAAGUCUACCCUCAGCGAAUGUCUAUGCGUUUGCGUGCUGGCGAGGAGCAGAGCUUUGAAUACCGUGUUUUUGAGCCUCUGGAUACUCCUGUGGACCUUUAUAUCUUGAUGGACUUCUCCUACUCAAUGUCUGAUGACUUGGAAAAUCUUAAGAAAAUGGGGGAUAACUUGGCUCAGGUCGUCUCAAAAAUGUCCAGUAAUUACACUAUUGGCUUUGGGAAGUUUGUGGAUAAAGUUUCUGUUCCUCAGACAGAUAUGAGACCGGAAAAGCUGAAGCAGCCCUGGCCAGACAGCACUCCUCCUUUCUCCUUCAAGAAUGUCAUCCGUCUCACCGAUAACCUUGAAGAUUUCCGAAAUAAACUUAGGAAUGAGAGGAUAUCUGGAAAUCUGGAUCCCCCGGAGGGAGGUUUUGAUGCCAUUUUACAGACUGCAGUGUGCACAAAUGAUAUUGGUUGGAGAGAUGGCAGCACCCAUAUCUUGGUCUUUUCCACUGAGUCAGCAUUUCACUAUGAAGCUGAUGGAAUGAACGUUCUUGAUGGGAUCCUGGCUAGAAAUGAUGAGCGCUGUCACCUGGAUAGAACAGGCCUUUAUUUGUAUGACACCAUUCAGGACUAUCCAUCGGUUCCCACUCUUGUUCGACUUCUUGCAAAAAAUAACAUCAUCCCAAUCUUUGCCGUUACCAACCAUUCCUACAGCUACUAUGAGGAAUUAAGCAAGUACUUUACAAUGUCUGAGAUUGGCACAUUAAGUGAGGAUUCUUCCAACAUAGUAGAGCUCCUAGACUUGGCUUUCAAGCGAAUCCGAUCCAGAAUGCACAUCAGGGAUCAUAACACCCCACGUUCCCUAAAUAUAGCUGUAUCAUCAGAAACAGCCAAACUAACUGAGGGAGGGUCCUUCCAGGUGACUCGCGGUGAAGUGGGGACAUUCAAGGUUAAUGUGAAGGCUCUAGAGAAAGUUGGUGGGCAGGAUGUUUGUAGUCUUCCAAAACAGGAUCAGGCAGGCAAUGUCAUUCUUAGACCGUCCACGUUCACAAAUGGCCUAGAGAUUGAUGCUUCUAUCAUAUGUGAUGUCUGCCCAUGUGAACAGCAAAAAGAAAUGAAUUCUCCCAAAUGCAAUGGGAAUGGGCACUUUGUAUGUGGGCUUUGUGAGUGCAAGGAUAACUGGAGAGGAGAGUUCUGCAACUGCUCAUCUAGUCAAGCUGUAGACAGUCAAUCAUGUAUAGCCCCUGGAAGCGAUGAGAUCUGUUCAGGACAAGGGGAGUGCCUGUGCGGAGUUUGCCAGUGCUUUGCAGAUUCCCCAGACCGACGGUAUGAAGGGAGGUACUGCCAGUACAAUACUGCCAUGUGUCCACGCGUAAGCGGCUUUAUGUGCAAUGAUAGAGGGCAUUGCUAUAUGGGAGGCUGCGCGUGUAAGGCUGGAUGGGAAGGACCUGGAUGUGAUUGCCCAAUCAGUAAUCAGACUUGCUUGGACAGGAAUGGCGGCCUGUGCAACAAUCGAGGGAAAUGCGAGUGCGGCCGCUGCAAAUGUGACUCCGACUCCCAGUUUACUGAUGCCUUAUGUGAAUUUAGCAGCUCUUUGCGCCUCCUGGGUGCCUGUGAAGAUGUUAGGACAUGCGUGCAGUGCCAGGCCUGGGGCACUGGGGAGAAGAAAGGCAAAAAGUGUGAAAGCUGCGAAAUACAGAUAAAGAUGGUGGAAGAGCUCACCAAAGUUGAUGACAGAACUGAGAAAUGCACUUUCCGUGAUGAGGAGGACGAUUGUACCUAUCAUUACACAGUAGAGGGAGUGGGUGCUGUGUUAGCCAAUUACACUUUGCUGGUGCAAAAGAAAAAAGAAUGCCCACCAGGUGCCUUCCUGUGGCUCAUCCCUCUACUCAUCUUCCUGAUGCUGCUCCUUGGUCUGUUGCUUCUAUUGUGCUGGAAAUACUGUGCCUGCUGCAGGGCUUGUCUGGCUCUACUGCCUUGCUGUGGACGAGGACGCAAUGUUGGAUUUAAGGAAGACCACUAUAUGCUACGGCAAAGCCUUAUGACAACUGAUUAUCUGAACACUCCACUUGUACGGAAUGGAAACCUGAAAGGUGGAGACACUGUUAAAUGGAAGAUUAACAACAAUGUACACAAACCACCUCCAUCACCCGAUGCCUUGAACCCGAAGGAGCUGGUCCAAUAUGGAGUUUCGCUGAGGUUGGCUCGCCUUUUUACUGAGAACCUGUCAAAGCCUCAAACACGGGAAUGUGAGCAACUCCGUCGGGAAGUUGAGGAUACGCUAAAUGAGGUGUAUAAAGUAAUACCUGGAACACAUAAGGUGAAACAGACAAAUUUCCGGCUACAGUCCAAUGCAGGCAAAAGACAGGAUCACACAAUUGCAGACACCGUACUGAUGGCUCCAAGAGAGGCUGAACCUGAAAUUGUAAAAGUCACUGAGAAACAUGUUACACAAGAAGCUUUCCAAGACUUGAAAGUCACCCCUGGGUAUUACACGGUCAUAUCCGACAGAGAUGCCCAUGGGCUGGUGGAAUUUCAGGAGGGAGUGGAACUUGUGGAUGUCCGUGUUCCCCUUUUCAUCAGACCAGAAGAUGAUGAUGAGAAGCAGUUAUUAGUGGAGGCAUUAGAGGUUCCCACAGGAAUUGCUCAUCUUGGAAGAAAAAAUGUUAACAUAACAAUCAUUAAGGAGCAAGCUAAGAGUAUAGUGACCUUUGUGAAGCCAGCAUAUACCUACAGCCGCCAUGAGCAAUUGGCACGUGUUCCUAUUUCUCGGGAAAUUCUGCAGAGUGGUAAAUCACAGGUUUCCUACCGCUCAAAGGAUCUGACAGCUCGUGAGGGCAAGGAUUAUGGAUUCACAGAAGGUGACCUUGCAUACCAAGGAAAUGACACUCUCUCUGAGAUCACGGUUCCUUUACUUGGCCGGUCAGAAGUGGACACUUUGUUGGGAAACCGCCAGGUCAAACAGUUUCUGCUUGAACUUAGCAAUCCAAAGUAUGGUGCCAAGAUUGGCAAAUACCCGCAGUGCACCAUCACCAUUGAUGACACUCCAGAAGUUUUAGAGAAAGUAAUGCCUGUGCAGUCCCUACAGUCUCCACGUGGCAAGAUUGGUGCCCCCAUCAACCUUAAUGCCCAGGCGAUCAGUGCUAGGAAAAUCAGGUUUAACUGGACACCUCCAUCUGGAAAAACAUCUGGAUACAAGGUUCGGCACUGGAUUCAAGGAGACUCUGAGUCAGAUGCUACUGUUAUAGACACAAAGGUUCCUACAGCUGAUCUGGUCAAUCUGUACCCAUACUGUGACUAUGAGAUGCGAGUGUGUGCCUACAAUACACAGGAGGAAGGGCCUUAUUCAGAUGUUGUGACAUGCCAGACCCUUGAGGAUGUUCCAAGUGAACCAGGCCGGCUAGCUUUCAAUGUCAUUUCCAGCACCGUGACACAGCUUAGCUGGGCAGAACCUGCGGAAACCAAUGGCAAUAUUACAGCAUACGAAGUUAUCUACAGCAUGGUCAAUGAGGAUAACAAACCCAUUGGACCUUUGAAGAAAGUUUUGAUCAAUGAUCCAAAGAAGCGAAUGGUACUCAUUGAGAAUCUACGGGAGUCUCAGCCAUACAUGUACACUGUGAAAGCCUGUAAUAGAGCUGGCUGGGGACCAGAGAGAGAAGCUACCAUGAACCUCGCAACCCAACCAGCUCGUCCAAUGUCCAUUCCUAUUAUCCCGGAUAUUCCUAUUAUUGAUGCCGAGGGAGGGGAAGAUUAUGACAGCUAUCUCAUGUACAGUACAGAUGUGCUGCGAUCGCCCGUGGGAAGCAAGAGACCCAGUGUGUCAGAUGAAUCAGGCCGGCGCUGGAAGUACGUCCCCCUCCUGGGCUCAGAACUUGAUCUACGUCACAUCACAUGGAAGCUCCCUGUAGAGGUCAUCCCACGACUGUCUGUCAGCAGUGCUAUGUCCACAGACACAGAGAGUCUCCAGGACCAAGUGGACAGUGGCAGUUCCUUGGUGAGGAGAGGGACCAUGCGUGCACCAACAGAAGAACAACUCCUAAAUGGGCGCAUGGACUUUUCUUUCCCUGGAUCUGUAAACAGUCUGACUCGCACAGGAACUGUCGGCUACCAACAAUUCAGCCCUAGCGUGCACAAUGAAACAUACAGGUUUGGCAGUACCAGUUCUCAGCACAACACUCUCAUUUCAGGACAUGGGACAUCAGGACAAAGCAGACUGGGACUCCCUCCACUUAUGAUGGGGACUGGAAGAGGGCGCACCCAUUCAGAGGAUGUGCGGGAUGCUCUCAGCAGUUUGGAUGUGGCCAUACAGGAAUCUCGCCCCUCUCCUGGAAUCCCAGACACGCCAACCCGCUUGGUGUUCUCUGCAUUGGGACCGACAUCCUUAAAGGUCAGCUGGCAGGAACCACUGUGUGAACGAGAAGUUCUGGGGUACAAGGUGCACUAUCAGCUGCUCCAUGGAGGAGAUUCACGCACCAUCGACAUCCCAAAUCCCAGAGAAAACUCUGUGGUGGUGGAAGAUUUGCUCCCCAACCAUUCCUAUAUGUUCCGGGUAAGGGCACAAAGUGAGGAAGGCUGGGGACUGGAACGAGAAGGUGUCAUCACUAUAGAGUCACAGGUGGACCCCCACAGUCCACUCAGCCCUGUACCAGGGUCACCCUUCACACUGAGCACUCCUAGUGCCCCGGGACCCCUUGUCUUCACUGCUCUUACCCCAGAUUCACUGCAGCUAAGCUGGGUGAGACCAAGGAAACCUAAUGGCACCAUCCUGGGUUACAUGGUUACCUGUGAAAUGCUGCACGGUGGAGGAGAGCCACGGAAUAUAUACGUGGAAGGUGAUAUGCCUGAGACUACGCUGACCGUUCCCUUCCUGAAUGAAAAUCUUCCCUACAAGUUCAAAGUGCAAGCCAAAACAACGCAAGGCUUUGGGCCUGAGAGAGAAGGCAUCAUUACUAUAGAGUCACAGGAUGGAGGAAAUUUCUCUCAGUUUGGUACACAGCAGAUCACACGGCGAGAGGUUUUCAAUCUCCCAUCCGAAUACAGUCAGACUUCCGUCACUCACUCCUCAAUGUCAGAGCCUUUCUUUAAAGAUGGCAUGUCUGUCACAAGCCACCGCAUGGAAAGUUCUGGCACGGUCACACAACAGGUCACCAAAGAGUACGUCACACGAUCAAUGAUGUCCGGAGGAUCCCUCAGCAGACAGGUGGAGCGCCAGUUCUAUGAAGCUUAAAAGAUAUGCAACGCUAGCUUUACCGGACAAUACGCCACGCUUGGGUGCCAUUUGUAUAUGGUGCGUCGCUAUGACUCCCUCUUUACCCCUUCACGUCAUGGGAGUUGCUUUUUUGUGCUUCUAUGUGUUAUCCUGUUUGGGAGAUUCUGAACUUUUCUGAAAAGUAGAAGACAGGACAAUGUAGAGGAUGGGUACAGGUAUAUUCUGACGCAGGUGCUCGCCACGGUACCAAAAAGGUGACAACCUAAAUGUCUUCCCUUCUUGCACCAAAAUGCCUAAGUCCUAUUUUAUAAUGCAGUGCUAGAAUCAUUUGAUUUUGAGGGAGGGGGGAGGAAUCCAUCCUAAAAUAGCAUCCUGAGCUCCAUGGUAUGCUUUAACCAAACUUUAUUUAAAUAUCUUUUUUUAUGAUUUGUAAAUAACUUUUUUAUGACAAAAUCUGUGGAAGAA